CAAAGUUGAGGCAGUGGAGUAAAGUGUUGUCGGCAUUUGUGUUGUUGCGUUGAUUUUGCCCGUCAGUGUCACAAAAUAACCCUCAGAGGGAAUUGAUUAUUUCAGGUGAUAUAUGAACCACUCGAUGCGGUGUUGUGUGUCACUACGAGAAAAGUGCUGUGAAGCUUGCUUAUUAUGAAUAUAUUAUUGCAAUAUAUAUGAAAUAUAAAUUGAAGUGCCAGUGAUAUCCCAGCUCUUAAGUGUGCCCUAGGCUUGACUCACCUAGCAAGUGUGCCCCAGUUCGCAUGUGUGUCCCAGUUGUGACCCACCUAGUGACCCACCUAGCAAGUGAAGCACCUACCGCACUUAGUGCCACCAGGGGGCGGGGCUCCUUGGCAGCCCCCUGCCCGGCCAUCACGGUAUGAUGGCCUGGGAGUCGUUCACACCAGCGCACGCGUCCACCCAUCCGAACAGCAACGUACAGCCUCCCUCACCCCCUCCUCCAACUCUCAACCUCUCGGCCGAGUACAACCCCUUACUGCCCUCUAACUCCUCAAACUCCACCAACUCCACCCCCAACAACAGCUCUCCCCCCACCAUCCCUCCAACACUUCACUCCAACUCAUCCUCCUCCAGCAUGUCGCGGCCCAAUGGUAGGAUGGUACACAACCCACCUCCUCUGCCCACUCACAUCAAGUCCAGUCCAGCACAUCACUAUCACCAGCCCACCAGUCCCCAGUAUCCAGCACACGUCCAGUCCUCGGGACCAAACCAGCAGUUCGUGCCAGGCAACACGAACCUGUCGUCCCUGCACGACGAAUACGAACCUGGGACUCUCGUACGAACCCCGUCUGGCAACCUCUACAUCCCGUCAGACGCGAAGGGGUCUACGCUGGACUACUCCUGCGGUCUGACAAGCCCUGGGCUGCACUCGCCGGUCAAAUCAGACCAUGCCAAAACCCUCGACGCCUACCACAGCCACUUCAGCACCGGUCUGCCGGGUGUGGCGGGGCGCCACAAUUUGCUGCGUGGCACCGCGUCGCCGUCCCACCGCUCACUGAGGGGCCUGGCUGGCGGGGGAGCGAGUGCUGGCGGGUUGUGCGGGGCAAGCGGCGCCAGUGCCGGUCGAGGCUUCAGUAGAAGAGGAUGUCUAUCUGCGUGCUCAUGGAGGUGUACGGCCGUCAUAUUCAUCUGUAUCAGCUGUUUGCUGUGCUCCUUACUCGGUUUCGUGCUUGCGACGAACUUGCUAGUGUUGCCAUCGGAGGGCGGCUGCAGCGACGCGGGGUUGCCCGCUGCCAGCGAAGACUCGACGUCAGUAAGCCGCGUGACGUCGAGAGGUAACGUGUGGCAGCGUUUUGUCCUGAGCCCGCCAUCCCCAAAUAAGUUUCUUAACCUCCUCUCCGAGUUGCAUCCUCUCGAUAAACCCCCUAAAAAGUAUUCCCUGCACUCACCUUCUGUUGACGGUUUUGAGUUUGCUUCUUCUGUAGACGCUUUGGUUGAGAGUAGUUCUGGCAGCGGUAGGCGUGUCAAACGCAGUGCGCCGGAAGACUCUGAAACUGAUCCUGCGCCUGAUGUCGGAGCUCAUAAUUAUAAUGAAAUAUUGACAUCAAGUCCAUCUUACCACUCUGACCUGGUGUUGCAUGAAGAAACUACAUAUCCUUAUUUCGAAGAUGUCGAUAAUCAACCUGCUAAACUUCUUGAUGAUAACAAAUUCAGCACUAACUCGCCCCGGCCUGUGACUAAUCAGCCGAAUGCUGCCUUUGCCAGCAAUGCGCUGACUAACCCAGACAGCGAUGCAUCAGACGCACCGCCUGACUUUGCAAAUUCCACCCCGGGAUCGGAAAUCAUUGGCAAUGAGGACACAGAUUCCUUAACUGAUAUGCCUGUUGCCGGCACCGAUGAUAUCGAUUCAACUGAUUCAUUGAUUUUGGUUCACUCUGAUGAAGCCGGGGAAAAUGACCCAGGCUUCGUAUCGGCUCCUGUCGUUGAUGUUGUGGAAUACGACAACGUCGAGGGCCAAGCUGCAGCUGAAGACGUUGAUCCAUUCGCUGAAGAUCCCGAUGAUAGCCUUAUGGAUUAUGCUUUUGGUGAGGCAAGUUCGGACAAUGUUGUAAUUUAUGAAAUGGAUUCAUUUGGCACCAAUACGUCUGAUGCGUCAUCAAAGGAUUCGAGGCCGCCAAUUUUUUCCGAUGAUAGAUUUAUUAUAUCAGAGGAAAGUUUUAAAAAUGAUUCGGCUUUCCCUGAAGGCAGCGGGAGUGAUGGCUUGCAACCACUCAAUCGAUCGCUUGCGCUGGAUCAGAUGAUGAGGGACGAUCCAGUAAGUUCUUCAAAGGAAGGUUCAUUAGUGGCCAAGUUGGACCGAAAAAAUCUAUGGAACUUGGGCUGGCUCUUUGAGAAGGAAGUUGAGGCUAUGGAAUCUCCUGAAAAAUCUUUAAAUUUUUCCGAGGUACAAAGCGAUGGGGUGUUUGUUGUUCCAGGCAUCUCUGCACGCGGCUCUUUACAAGCUCAAAUUUACACUGGCGUAAAAAACCUGCGAAAAGGCGGAAGGAAAACAGACGCUGAUUUUGUGGCGGCUGAUCUGCGUAGCGAUGAGCUUGGUCGGAAAGGUGGUCAAAAAGUUCCUGAUGGGAGCGCUGCGACGGACACAGCCGCCGCGGGCGCACUAAAUCGACCAGCUGCCUCUCAAAUAAACGCGCGGUCAAUAAGGAAAGGUGGGCGAAAAACCAUCCAGGGCGAGAGUGCUCACGACGGAGCGUUUCUGAACGGCAGUUUGCAAUCCAAUGAGAGCGCUGCGGGAAGUACUUCUGAUGAUGCAAGUUUUGAAACUCCGGGCGGCCCAGAGUCUAAUGCCGCCAUAGAUAUUUUCCCACACUUGUUCAAAGAGGAUCUCGGGAGCCACGACGAUUAUUAUUACGAGGAGGAGAAUCAUUUAAGUCCCUUCGAAAGCCUCUGGCCGUCUAAAGGUAAAGAAGACCAUGAUAAUGGUAGGACCGACCGCGAACCCCCCAUUGCCCAGCGCCACUUUUUCCUUCCUUCAGCACACCCAAAGGAAGUCAGAAAAGUGAUGGCAGUUCCACAGUACUCUGAUGACCUCCAAGUCAUGGCCUUAACUCGAGAAAAUUUCCACGUUAUCGCUCCCAGCGCGCCGCGACUCACUAACUUGUCGGAGGGACCGAAUGCGUCCCCUGGUGCAGCUCGAUCAUCCGCUUCGUUGCCGUAUGACUCGACCGUCCGGAUCGUCCCUUACGAAGCUAUGGAUCACAUUACGACGCACCCUCUUCGCAAGAAGGGUGGCCGAGCGACACAUACUUCUAGCAGCGGCGUGUAUCUAGAACCUCCGCUUACCGACAUUCCUGUUCCGAAUUUCGAGUCGCUCAGUAAUAAGGUUCAAUACCUUCACGUGACGGAGAGGCAUCCCACGUGGGGCAUGGAGUCAUCCGUGUCUUCGACCCCGGAGAGUAACGACGUUCUAGCCCCUCAGUCUGAUCCCGUUAUCCCUCAUUACGAUUCAUCGCUAAGUUAUCGGAAGUUAUCGAACACCCGCGUUAAUACCGCCCAUCAUUCUGGCUAUGACUCCUGGAGUUGGGGGCCGAUCGAUAGUCGGCAGCCAAGUGCUCCUGAGAAAGCGAAGUCUUCGUCCCUUAAUGUUGCUCAGAACGGCGACGAGUUCCUACAAUCCAGCGAGUCACAGCACAUUGCGCACACAGUUCGUAAUGCGUUGCCUUCUGCAGCGUACGAAGUAUUGCCAGCUGAGCAGAAUCUUCCUGUGCCAUCUCACACCGGAAAGAAGCACGAAACUAAUGCAGGCAAAUCAAUUGUGGUUGACGCCAGCGACUUUCCUUUACCAGCGCCAGAGGAGACUGGCGGGCGUCGCACUGAUUCUGUGAGUAUCGAGGCUGUCCAGGUGAGCCGAGGCCUCAUUUCUGAGGGCUUAGCCGUGCCAGACUCAACCAUUAGUAGAACCAUUGCACCUCCUGCCACUUUCAUUCCCAGUCUGCAUGAGGUAAGCAGAAAGCGUCACUCAAAACGAGUGACUGUCAACGUCACGAUAGCAACUGAGGAUGACAGCAGCACCGACGGAAGGGCGCCUGCUGGACACGGCAAGCCAGUGUAUGUGUUGUCCGUCUCUGUUCCCGCCUCCGGUAGCACCGAUGAUACAAACAUUAAUAUAUUCCGGCCGCAGACUGAGCCGGAAUUUGAAGAGGAGGAGAUAAGCCUAAAUUCGCAAAUGAUGAACGAUGUUCAGGUACCGCCCAUGAUGUUGCACGUGUCCGAGCCCGCGGUUAAUGAGUCUUUGGUUAAAAUGAACAUCGAAGAAGGCGAACACAUACCCGUGACAGACUGCUCGUCAUGUCCUUGCCAAUGCGUUGUGCCUGCUGGAGCUAAAUUAACCUCGGAGUUAUUGGCAGACGCUCUGGUCAUCGAAGAAUCAACCGUUAUUCCUAGCGUAGAUAAUCCAAAUAACUGCACCAUCACCAUACAAGCUACACCGAGUGCUGAAUCUACCACUGCUGCUGUAGCCUCCACAGAAGAUACCACGACUACUGAAGCUACAACACCUACAGAGACUGCCACUUCUACCGAUAGUACAUCACCUACAACCACUGCAUCGACCACUACAUCCACCACUACCACGACCACCACAACAACCACUCCACCACCUCCGCCUCUACCUAUAGAAGUGAUCCACAAGCUGGCAGAACACAGACGUCGACCCGACCAGACGAUCCCCCCGGACGGCACGACGUUCAAGCGCAUGGAGCUCGGCCAGAAGUUGCGUCAGAACAUCGCCCCCUACGGCUACUGGAACAUGCAGUUCUACCAGACCGAGUCUGCCUACAUCAGGUUCGACGUGGGCAUCCCCAGGGGCGCCUCUGUGGGCAUCUACGGCAGGAGGAACGCCCUGCCCACCCACACCUCCUACGACUUCCUGCAGGUCUUCUCAGGAUACCGCGUGGCGUCGGGGCCUCCUGCUCGGCCGUCCAGGUCUUCUUCGGCCCCGACGCAGCAGCAGACACUGACGCGGUACCUGGAGCAGGGCCACUGGUUCCUGAGUCUGUACAACGACGACGGCGACCUGCAGGAGAUCAGCUUACUGGGCGUCGUCAGCUCCGAGGACACCGAGGGGUGUCCUAAGGGGUGCAAUGGCAAGGGUGACUGUAUCCUGGGAUCCUGUCAGUGUAAUCCCGGCUACACUGGACCAGAUUGUACACAAAUGUAA